GCUGCUAUGUAUCUCUUCACUUUUAACCUGAUAUCCAACAUUCAUCAAAGUCACUACUAGCUCUUCCACACCUUCUUCUUCUCUCAAUUUCUUCUUGGAUAAACUAACUAAAAUUUACAAACAUGUCUACAGCAACUUUGGUAGAAAUCAUCUUGGCAAUUAUCCUUCCUCCUCUCGGAGUUUUUCUCAGAUUCGGCUGUCAGGUGGAAUUCUGGAUCUGCCUAGUUCUUACAUUCCUCGGAUACAUUCCAGGCAUCAUCUAUGCUAUCUUUGUUCUCACGAAAUGAUGAUGAUGCCUCUCUCCGACACCGUCCAGUUAGAUUUAUGCAGCUCUGCAAAAAAAAGAAAAAAAAAAAGAUUAUCUGUGAAUUAGUACUUAUUAAUUAUUGUUCCCGGUGAUCAUAUAUCCAUUUGGUGUUUGUAUCUGCGUGUACGUGUGAUGACUCUUUGUGCGUUAGUUAAUUAGGUGUGUUCAAUUUCUUUGUAAUUAUAAGAAGGGAUGUUCAUGUUUGUUCCCGAUAGUGGGUUUCUAGUUUCAAUAAACAGACUUCAAAAUUAUUUCAUCUGUCA